CUUCUGUUUCUUCUGUUUCUCCAUUGCUGCUGGGUUUGGUUUCGUUUCCUCUGUGUUUGGGCUUGAACUCGCGAGUUUCUCUUUGCGUCUUCUCUCUGCUCACCUGCUCGGCUGCUGCUCCAUCCGAGUUUUCUUCCAGUAGCUGUUGCCCCUAUUGAGGGUUUUCUGAAUAGACCAGCCAUGGUAGACAGUGAGACGGUGGUUACACAAUCCCCUGCUAUAAUGGAAUACUCGGGGUCUAUUGCUCAAGCCGCUCCCGCAGAUGCCCCUACGACGGAUUCUAAUGCUAUCCCACAAGAAUCUUAUGCCAAUAAUGCAGCUUUCGAGGCCAAGAUGGAUAUUGGGCUGCCUCAUACUAUUCAGGGUGCUGGAGGUGGAGGUUAUGGUUCCUUUGCUAAUGGCGAUGCUGUUAGUGGAGCUAGUCACGCUGAGAAUGGCACUGCCUCCAUCAGUGAAGGUGGAGGGGCUGCCGGGUUGCAGCUCAUGGAGGGUGGUUCUGUGCGUGCUAUGUCUGCUGAAGAGGAAAGACUAUGGAAUGUCGUCGGCGCGAAUUCUUUAGAUUUUGAUGCCUGGGUUACCCUAAUCGAUGAGACUGAGAAAGUGGCCGAGGGAAACAUCUUGAAAAUUCGGAGGGUCUAUGACGCUUUUUUGGCAGAAUUUCCUCUCUGCUAUGGUUAUUGGAAGAAGUAUGCGGAGCAUGAGGCACCUGGCUCAACUGAAAAGGCGGUGGAGGUUUAUGAGCAUGCUGUCCAGGCAGUUACUUAUUCUGUUGACAUCUGGUUGCAUUAUUGCAGAUUUGCUAUUAACAAGUAUGAAGAUCCGGAUAUUAUUAGAAGGUUAUUUGAACGGGGAUUAGCCUAUGUUGGAACUGAUUACCUGUCGUACUCCCUUUGGGAUGAAUAUAUAGAAUUUGAGUAUAAACACCAGGAAUGGAGCCGACUUGCUAUGAUCUACACAAGGAUAUUCGAGAACCCAAUUCUGUACUUUGAUAAAUACUAUAGCAGCUUCAAGGAGUUGGCUGCAAAUCGUCCUUUAUCUGAACUUAGAACUGCUGAUGAAGCAGCUGCUGCUGCAGCAUCUUUAGUGUCAGAGGCUUCUGAUAAUGUGACUGAAGGAGAGGUUCCUUCUGAUGCUGUUGAACAGUCUUCUAAACCUGUAAGUGCUGGCUUAACAGAAGCAGAGGAGUUGGAGAAGUAUAUCGCCAUUAGAGAAGAGAUGUAUAAGAAAGCUAAAGAGUUCGAUUCUAAGAUCGUUGGUUUUGAAACAGCUAUUGGGAGACCGUACUUUCACGUGAAGCCCCUCAAUGCUGCAGAACUUGAAAAUUGGCAUAACUAUCUCAAUUUCAUAGAAAAAGAGGAUGACUUCAGCAAGGUUGUGAAGCUGUAUGAGAGGUGUCUGAUAGCUUGUGCCAAUUAUCCAGAAUAUUGGAUGAGAUAUGUCAAAUGCAUGGAAAUGCGUGGAAGCAUGGACCUUGCCGAAAAUGCACUUGUGCGUGCCACCCAAGUAUUUGUGAAGAGACAACCAGAAAUCCACCUUUUUGCUGCUUGGUUCAAGGAACAUAAUGGGGAUAUAUCUGGUGCCCGAGCUGCUUAUGAACUUGUCCAUACAGAAAUUUCACCUGGUCUUCUUGAGGCAAUUAUCAAGCAUGCAAAUAUGGAGCGCAGACUGGGGAACCUGGAAGAUGCACUGUCUAUAUAUGAACAGGCAAUUGCUAUUGAAAAGGGAAAGGAACAUUCACAAACAUUGCCAGUGUUGUUUGCUCAGUAUGCUCGGUUUCUAUAUAUGGCCCCUGGAAAAGAGGAGAAAGCUAGAAAUAUUCUGAUGGAAGCGCCUGAGCAUGUCCAAUUAUCAAAGCCAUUCCUAGAGGCCAUGAUUUCCAUGGAGACCAUGCUUCCACUGCCAAAGCGAAUUGAGUACGUUGACACGUUAGUUGAGAAGUUCAUUGUUCCAAAUCCUGAUAACCCCAAUUCUGCCAGUAUGGCUGAAAGAGAGGAACUAUCUAGCAUUUUAUUGGAGUUUCUGGAUUUAGUUGGGGAUGCCAAGUUCGUGAAGAAGGCAUAUGAUAGGCAUCUAAAGACAUUCAUAAACAGAACUUCUGCGAUCUUGAAAAAACGUCUUGGAGAAGAUCUUUCAUCCGACAAGUCCAAGUUGGCAAAAGCUGAUCCUGCUGCUACUUCACCAGCGCAAUCCCUGGCAGGUGCAUAUCCUAGUGCACAGAAUCAGUGGACUGCUGGUUAUGCGGUACAACCUCAAGCAUGGCCACCGGUUGCCCCAGCACCAGUACAACAGUGGAACCCGAGUUAUACCCAGCCAGCGGCUGCCUAUGGUGGCUAUGGGACAACUUAUCCUCAAACAUCAGCACCGGUACCACAAGCUGGCACAUAUGCUAAUUAUCAACCAACUACUUAUCCAGCACAGGUGUACCCCCAACAGCAGAGUUAUGCACAACCAGCUGCAGUGUCAGCACCAGUAGCAGCAGCAGCUGCAACCCCUCAAGUGUCUACAGUCCCUCAGGCUUACUAUGGAAGCUAUUACUAAACAAAGUUUAGCCAACAAAUUUUGCACCCAUGAGGAUGGAGCAGACCGGACAUUGACGCUGCUGUUUUGCAGAGUGCGGUUUAGGGGGAGUAGGAGAUCUUUGGUUGAUGUGGAUCGAACAUACUGUCGGAAUUAUAGCUGUAUUCUUACCUCACUUAGGUAGGUCUCUCUAUUUGCAGGGUCCCGACCCUGUUAAGUACUGUUGUUCUCUCUUUUUAAGUAUGUAUCUUGGAACUGUUUAGGAAAGAGUGUGUUGCUGAGUAAUUUUUGUGGAGUAUUCUCUGGUCUUGUUUUAGUUCUCUCUCCUCUUCCUUUGUAAUCAUCUUCGACGCAAAAUUUAAGGAGUCAGGUGACUGUCAGUGGGAUGGGAUAAGUUCAUAUGACCUUAAGUAGAGCAUGCUCAAGGCUGUGUGAAUGCCGAAUACUGGAUGAGAUAUCAAAUCGGCCUGUGAUCAGUGAGAUUCUUCUUUGUAAUAAUAGCUGUGAAUGUUGUAUUGGCUUAACCAUCAAAAUCACAUGGUCCUUGGGUUCA